GGGCGCGGAGGCAGUAUGCGGCGGCGGCGGGGCGCGGGGGAGAGCAUGCGGUCCGUGGUGGGCUUCUUGUCCCAGCGGGGCCUGGCGGGCGACCCCCUGCUCACGCAGGACUUCCAGCGGCGGCGCCUGCGGGGCUGCAGGAACCUCUACAAGAAGGACCUGCUGGGACACUUCGGCUGCGUCAACGCCAUCGAGUUCUCCAACAAUGGAGGCCAGUGGCUGGUCUCAGGAGGGGAUGACCGCCGGGUACUGCUUUGGCAAAUGGAAGAAGCCAUCCACUCCAGAGUCAAACCAGUUCAGCUGAAAGGGGAGCAUCAUUCUAACAUCUUUUGCCUGGCUUUCAACAGUGGCAACACAAAAGUAUUCUCUGGAGGCAAUGAUGAGCAAGUUAUACUCCAUGAUGUUGAAAGCACUGAGACCUUGGAUGUGUUUGCCCAUGAAGAUGCAGUGUAUGGCCUUUCAGUGAGUCCAGUGAAUGAUAACAUCUUUGCCAGCUCAUCUGACGAUGGCCGGGUUCUCAUUUGGGACAUCAGAGAGUCUCCCCAUGGAGAGCCAUUCUGCUUGGCAAACUACCCUUCAGCUUUUCAUAGUGUGAUGUUUAACCCAGUAGAACCCAGAUUAUUGGCUACUGCUAACUCCAAAGAGGGCGUGGGACUUUGGGAUAUUCGCAAACCUCAGAGUUCAUUGCUCCGUUAUGGUGGAAAUCUGUCCCUUCAGAGUGCCAUGAGUGUCCGCUUCAACAGCAAUGGAACCCAGCUGCUGGCAUUGCGUCGGCGCCUUCCACCAGUCCUCUAUGACAUCCACUCUCGCCUGCCUGUUUUUCAGUUUGACAACCAGGGUUACUUCAACUCGUGCACGAUGAAGAGUUGUUGUUUUGCGGGCGACCGUGACCAGUACAUCCUCUCGGGCUCAGAUGACUUCAACUUGUAUAUGUGGCGAAUUCCUCCAGAUCCAGAAGCAGGUGGAAUCGGCAGGGUUGUUAAUGGUGCCUUUAUGGUUUUGAAAGGUCAUCGGUCAAUUGUAAACCAAGUCCGAUUUAAUCCUCACACCUAUAUGAUCUGUUCCUCUGGAGUUGAAAAGAUUAUAAAGAUCUGGAGUCCUUAUAAACAGCCUGACUGCACUGGAGAUCUGGAUGGCAGAAUUGAGGAUGAUUCACGGUGCCUCUACACUCACGAAGAGUACAUUAGUCUUGUGUUGAACAGUGGCAGUGGCUUGUCUCAUGAUUAUGCCAACCAGUCAGUCCAGGAAGAUCCACGGAUGAUGGCUUUCUUUGAUUCACUGGUACGCCGGGAGAUUGAGGGCUGGAGUUCUGACUCGGAUAGCGACCUCAGCGAAAGCACCAUCUUGCAGCUCCAUGCUGGAGUAAGUGAACGCUCUGCUUAUAGUGAAUCAGAAUCUUCUGCUUCACUACAUCACACCCCACCACAUAUGGCAGAAGAAUCGGAUGAAACGGCCUAUAACUUAGGAGCCUUAAGAUCAACAGAAUCUCCAUCGGCCAGAGAAGAUGUGGCUUCUCGUCAGCAGAGGCUGUCUGCACUUAGAAGGUAUCAGGACAAACGUCUCCUGGCCCUUUCCAAUGAAUCUGAUUCUGAUGAAAAUACCUGUGAGGCAGAACUGGACACAGACCUUUUUCCACGGCCAAGGUCUCCAAGUCCUGAAGAGAAUGAAUCUAGCAGUUCCAGCAGCAGUAGCAGUUCAGAGGGUGAAGAGGAAUUGAAAGAACGGCGUACAUUGAUGCGUCAACGUAAUGCAAUGAGACGCCGACAGAAAAUACAAAAGGAAGAGAGGACUAACACAAAUACAGAAAAUGUGAACACCUACAUAGGUGAGGAUAUCUAUGAUUACCCACAGAUCAAAGUGGAUGACCUUUCCUCUUCUCCAACCUCCUCACCUGAAAGGAGUUCCAUUAAAAAGGAAGUUCCCAAAGAAAGGGCCUCUCCUUGUUCAGACAGUGAAUCUGUAGAAAGAAAGAUUUACAGAGCUUACAGAUGGCUUCAUUAUUCUUAUAUAUCCUAUUCAGCUGGUAAAGAUGGUGAAUCUUCCCAUGGAGAUGGGGAGAAUGAUGAAGGAAAGCCAGGAACUAGUGGAAGAAACAGUGCACCACCUACACUAAAUAAAGAAGAGGCUAGUAAUUUGAGUUCACUGGUUCCUCAAGGUUCCCAAGGUCUCUCUGAGAGCCAAAGCAAAGAAACUUUAAAAGAAUGUGGUUUGGUAGAAAAUUCUAGUAAUGGUCAAGGUCAUGAAUUCGACAAUCAGUGGCGAAUGGAAACUCAAGAAAGCACGUCCCAAGACACCAGCAGUGGGUCUGUAGAAUAUUCUUUUGAGACUAAAAAGCUUAAUGGAAAAGCCAUCUGCAAAGGGCUAAAUAGUCUUGCUGAAGAGCCAUGCAACCAAACUGCAGGACUUGUGGAACAGAAAAACAGCCAGAACUGUCAACCAGCAUCAAGCCAUCACUCACUGGUCACUUCCAAGGAUUUGUUUUCCAUUGCCACCGUCUGUAGUGGAUCUGGUAAUUGCUCCAGAAACCAGACUGAUGACAGUGAGGAAAGAAAUCUUGAGACCUGUGUAAACCACAAUAAUGGCCACCUACAUCCUCGCCCUUCAUGCUUCAACAAUGGACAGAGCUUUGGAGAGCAGGAGAUAGUGACCCAAGGACUACAAUUGUACUCAAAUGCUGAUAAGGUCACCCUUGCACAGGCAGAUGUGACUUUUCACAAAGAGUGUUGCUUGUCUGAAAUGGGCUCCAACAAUCACGGUGUGAGCACGAAAGAGGAUAUCGCUGACUUGCAUCUGACAGAUAGUGAGAACUCUCAAGCUUUAGGAGGACUGAAAAGGCACAGAGCGGAGUUUGAAGACACGGAUUCAGAGAAUUCUUCCUCAGAAAAGAAGCUAAAAACAUGAUAAAUGCAAACACUUGUUUAGCUCGUCCCUCUCUCUCUCUCUCUCUCUCUCUCACAGACACACAUGCACACACAGCCUCUCUCUCUCUGUCUCUCUCUCUCUCUCUCUCUCUCACUUUUUCAUCAAGAAAAGAAAAAAGUGUUUAAGGUGUGUGAAGAUUGGAUCUGAAAUGUUGCGUUUUCUGAUUCCCCAUUCCAUUCUUCUGUGAGUCUAUUUUAGAUUGCCUUUUGGCUUGUGCUGUAUUAAAAAAAAAAUCCAACCAACUCCUUUACUAAUGAGACUGAGUGUAGUGUACCCAUACAAGGUUCUGUUAAAGUAAAUCCUUAUUAAGACAGUUGUCUUCUUGUGUGAAUGUGUAUCAUUUGUUCAGCCAUCUAGUUAGCAUGGCUAUUGUAAAUUUUAAUUAUUCUGCUGAAAAUGACUUUUUUCCUAUAGACACUCAUUACAUGUUACAGGCUGUAGGCUCUACAUGUCUCAUAAAGAAUGACUGCUGAAUUAGAUGACGCUGGUGGUGUUUUGGGGUGUGUUCUUUGAAAAGAGCCCUGUGGUCCUUUAUUCUUCAGAAAGUAAAGAAGUGUGGCUCUUUACGUUUUUGAAAUUUAUUCUGCUUGUUCAUGUAUGUGGAGAUGCUUCAUAAAGCACUUAAUUUGAUAUACUUCAAUGAAGUAAUUUUUAAUACUAACACAAAAGCUGUAGGAAAUAAGCCUCUUCCCAAGAUCAUUUUUAAGCUGUUCCCAUAAUAACUUGCCUUUCUUUAAAAAAUAUUUAAUACAAUAGCAUCAUUAUACUGAAGUAUUGGUAUUUGUUUGGCAUUAGAAGUGUGUAAUGACAUAGACCCUUCACCAGCUAAGGGCCAUUAAAAGUGUGGCACUGAAAAA